AUGUCCAAGUCCGGUCCAUCUUCCGAUGGGAAGAACAGCGGCGAUGCGCGGUCGAGCUCCUCGUCGGCCAUCGUCGCCAAGACCGUAGUCGGGUCGCAUGACCUCAAGAUAAAAGGAUACUGCCUAACUAAGAGGCUCGGCAACGGAAAAUUCAUCACAUCUGAAACCUUCGCCGUGGGAGGCCAUCGCUGGUAUCUGAGAUACUACCCCAACGGAUGGCGCUCGUCCGACAUCGGCUGGGUAAGCUUUAUCCUGUUUCUCGACGACAAUGACGCCAGCGGAGUCACCGCAGAAUACAAGGUUACUCUGCUCGAUCAGCACGGGAACCCAGUGCCUUUGUACAUGAAAGGCACGCGUAAGACCUUCUCCAGCAAAAAAGCACCUGAAAAUUCCCAUGCAAUCAUCUCACACAGGGAGUUGGAGAGAUCGGUUUACCUCAAGGAUGAUGUCUUCAGUAUCAGGUGUGAUCUCACCCUGCUAAGCAUCUUAGCUGAGGUCGCCCCGCCGCUCGACGUGCCGGUGCCACCGUCCGACCUGCAGCUGCAUUUCAGCCAGCUCCUCUCCGGCGGGGAGGGGACGGACGUGACGCUGGAGGUCGGCACCGAGACCUUUGCUGCGCACAGGUGCGUGCUCGCUGCUCGGUCGUCAGUCUUCAGGGCGGUGUUCCUCGGCUCGAUGAAGGAGAAGGCGGACGCUCGUGUUCGCAUCGAGGAUACGGAAGCUAAUGUCUUCAAGGCCAUGCUCCACUUCAUCUACACAGACUCGCUGCCACUUGUAGAGGAGAGCGACGCAGUUGUCAUGGCUCAGCAUUUGCUUGUAGUGGCGGAUAGGUAUAACCUCGAGAGGCUAAAGUGUAUCUGUGAUGCCACACUGCGCCGCUACAUGGACACUACCACCACAGCGACUACACUGGCGCUAGCCGAGCAGCAUGGUUGCCACGGACUCAAGGAUGCAUGCCUCAAGUUCCUCGCUUCUCCAGGCAACUUCAAGGAAGUCAUGGCGAGCGACGGCUUUGUGCAUCUCAUGAAAAGCUGCCCUUCUUUACACAAGGAGCUGGCUGCAAAUCUCCCCUCCUCCUAG